AUUUUCAAAACAAAAUUCAACUUAAAACCAUUACUUCGGCUCCAAUUUCAUGUUGAGAAAAUACAGAUCAAUGUAAAGACUGAAUCAAUUUGCAGUACAGUGUUAUUACAAGCCGCUGAGAACGCCUACCUCCUCACACCCAAAUCGCAUUCCAUCGGAUUUCAUCUGUGACAUGCAUAAACACACAAUGGCUGAGCUAAAAGAGGUGAAACCAAGAACGGCCGCCGAUGAAGACGACGUAUUGUUAGAUAUGGACAACCAAAAUGGCAACAAUUCUUCAGCCAAACCAAUAGGUCUGCACUUCAACGAUGGAGGAGAAAAGAUUGACUAUGUCUUAGUCUACGAGCGGAAUCCUGAAGAAGAGAACGAAGACGAAGAAAAAGCUGCUCUUGCAGACAUCCUUGAAGAAAAGAGAAAAGCCUUCGAGAAAGUUCUGCAAGACGAGGGUCUACUUUUGGAGAGAGAAAUGGUUGUCUCACCGCAGGAACGAAAAAAGAAACGAAAAAAUGGCAAACUACGAGAUGUGAAGGAAGCGUUUACAUCAUUUAGAAAUGCGAUUCAUAAACAAAGCAAAGAUCAGUAUGAAAUAGAACAAGGAGAGACAAACAAGGAUGUUUCCUCGCCGAAGAAAGAACAGCUAACCGAAGACAUAAAAGAGGGUCCUGAGUCAUGUGAACAAGACAAUUCUGUUCAUUCAACCAAACCUGAAUCUGAAAAUGACGAUAUCCAUAAUAAGAAAAAAGAUCUUAACCCUAAAGUAAACAGAUAUUUUGUAAAACUACACAUCCCUUGGAAGACUUUGCAUUGCUACGCUGAAGAAAUCAAGCUCAAAGCUCCCUUGAUGAAGAACGACAUCAAAGUCAAGACAUGGACUGAAAAAGUUUUUGGAGAGAAAUUCAUGAACACAGUGCGUAGGCUGAAUCCACUACGAGUCAAAGAUAGCACCAUCAUCGAAAAGCCUUCUUACUUCAUGGCUUUUUACAAACAGCGUAAACACGAUAAGUUUUUGGGGCAUGAGAAUGACGAGAAGUUGUUCACCACACUUGAUCGACAUUAUGCAGUCCAGAGGAUCUGUUGCUCGGCGGCCUUUUCUGAUGAUGAAGGAGCCAAAGGUGUAGGAUUAAAGCAACUUAUAUACGAAGGUGCCUAUAUUGCUGGUUACCCUCUCCAUGAUGGAGACGACGAUGUCCAGGAAGGUAGAGUCCCCGACAACGACCGCCAGCGAUUGAAAAGAGACUGGAGUCGAUUUGGUCGAAUGUUCAAGUAUCAGCCAUACGACACCAUUAAGAGUUACUUUGGUACAGCGAUUGCACUGUACUUUGCAUGGCUUGGGUUCUACACUGCAAUGCUGGUACCACUAGCCUUUGUUGGUCUGAUUAUUUUUAUUUAUGGUAUUGCAUCAACUCCAACUGAUAUCCCUGUCAAUGACAUUUGUGACAAAAACAUAAUAAUGUGCAACCUGUGUGACAAGCAGUGUUCCUAUUGGUCGUUGAAAACCACGUGCAUUUACGCUCGUGUAACGCACUUCUUUGACAAUAAUGGAACUGUAUUUUUGGCUAUCUUCACUUCUGUUUGGGCCACGUUGUUCCUUGAGCUCUGGAAGCGUCGCCAAGCUGUUCUUGCCAGCCACUGGAGUGUGUCAAACUUUGAAGAAGAGGAACAAAUUCGACCUGAAUUUGCUGUUACUGCUCCAACCUUAAAGAGAAAUCCCGUUACUGGAAUGAUGGAGCCUCAUAUCCCUAAACGAACCUUAUAUCAGAGAUAUGGCGCCAUUGGUAGUAUWAUUGCCUUCAUGAUCUUCCUGGUAAUYGCAGCAGUUGUUGGUGUAGUAGUUUACCGAGGUGCAGUGUUUGCCGCUCUCAGCGCCAACAGUGAACUGACAAUCAGAAGGAACUCUCGCAUCAUCACAACGGUUACAGCGGCUAUAAUCAACUUAAUUUGCAUCAACAUUCUCAAGUUCCUCUAUAACAGACUUGCUGUAUGGCUAACAAACUGGGAAAACCCUCGCACUAAAACAGACUAUGAGGACAGCUUUACCUACAAGAUGUACCUCUUCCAGUUUGUCAACACYUAUGCAUCAAUCUUCUACAUCGCGUUCUUCAAGUCUGAUUACGUAGUUGGAAAACCUGGCAGGUUCAAUCGUAUCGGUAGCGGUAUUCGAUUUGACGGAUGUAGUGAACAAGGCUGUUUCUUGGAGCUCUGUAUUCAGUUGAUCAUCAUCAUGGUUGGGCAGCAGAUCAUUGGAAACAUCACUGAAGUUGCUAUACCGGCCCUUAAGACGUGGUGGAAAGAAAGAAAAGAACCAAAGAACAAAGCGCUACCGCAGUAUGAGCAGGACUUUAACCUGAGUCCCUUGGAAGAUCACUACAUGUUUUGGGAGUACCUAGAAAUUGUUCUCCAGUAUGGUUUUGUAACUAUGUUUGUGGCUGCCUUUCCUCUGGCUCCACUWUUUUCUCUCCUCAAUUCCAUCGCUGAAAUACGRGUAGACGCCAUUAACUUUGUGAGUCAGUUCAGAAGACCUGACACCGCCAUUGCCGAAGAUAUUGGUGCAUGGACAAAGAUCUUAGCMGCUCUGACCAAUAUUUCAGUGCUYGUCAAUGGUUUUAUCCUGGCCUUCACAUCAGAGUUCAUUCCAAAGCUUGUUUAUAGGAACGCCAACGGAAAUGGUACUCUUGUGGGCUACGUGGAAAACAGCUUAUCGACAAUACCAUUGUCGGCUUUGAAGGGUCAACCUGAACAUCCUAACCAGAACGUCAACGUAACAGGAAUGACCACGUGCAGAUACAAAGGUUACUAUGAAAGCACAUCACCCUAUGAACCAUCUAAAGCAUACUGGCACGUCGUUGCUGCUCGCCUGGCUUUCGUCUUUGUCUUCCAAUACACUGUCUAUGCCAUUACUACUACUAUUGCUAGAAUAAUUCCAGACAAACCUUCUUCCUUGAACUUACGACUUCUACGAGAAGAUCAUCUAACUAAGAAGAUUCUACAUCCACCACCAGAGGGUCGAAGAGAACGACGUGGAUAUGGGAGAGAUAGGGUCGAUUCUGGACAAAGUGGAAUGCUUUGAAGAGAGAAAAGAAACUAGAGUUCCAGAUAUACCUCACGGCGCUAUAGGUAGAAUGCGUUCUUGAUAAUAAAAGAUAAAGAAAAUAACAGUAAAUUAAAAGUAAAGAUAACAAAAACUGAAGAGACAUUGAAAAACAUUGAACUAUAACUGAUCCGUCGAAUCAACUGAACAUACGCCGCACUUUACGCGAACUAUCAUUGUACUUUCUCACUAAUAGUUUUUGUCGCAAUUAUCUCGGGAUCACAUUCCGAGCAAAAGUGCACAAGACUGYCGAAGCAUAAUAUGGCAUCAAUUUUAGUUUUAAUUGAAGACUGUAAGGAAAUUUGUAACUGAAUUCACAAAUAAAAUACCGUUGAAUGUA